AUGCUUGAGGUAUCAGAAGAAGAAAACACAGAAGAACCAUCUGAAGAAAUUGUUGAAACUCUUGAAGUAUCUGAAAAAGGGAAAUCAGAAGAAAUAUCUGAAGAAAUUGUUGAAACUCUUGAAGUAUCUGAAAAAGGGAAAUCAGAAGAAAUAUCUGAAGAAACUGUUGAAACGCUUGAGGUAUCUCAAGAAGAAAACACAGAAGAACAAUCUGAAGAAAUUGUUGAAACUCUUGAAUUAUCAGAAGUAGAAAAAGCAGAAGAACCAUCAGAAGACAGUGUUCAAUGUCUUGAGGUAUCUGAAGAAGGGAAAUCAGAAGAAAUAUCUAAAGAAACUGCUGAAACUCUUGGGAUAUAUGAAGAAGUGAAAGCAAAAGAACAAUCUGAAGAAAUUGUUGAAACUCUUGAGGUAUCUGAAGACGACAACUCAGAAGAAAUAUCUGGAGAAACUGACAAGACUGUUGGAGUUUCCGAAGAAGAGAAAUCAGAAGACAUAUCUGAAGAAAUUGUUGAAACUCUUGAAGUAUCUGACGAGGAAAAAGCAGAAGACAUAUCUCAAGAAACAGUUGAAUCUGUCGAAGUGUUAGAAGAUAUUAUUGUACCAGAAACUUUAUCAUUUUCAGUGGAAUUACGUGAUGAAAUUACUAACAUAACUGAAGAGCCUGGAGAAAGAGUUUCAGGACAACCUGAAAUUAUGGAAGUGCUGGAAGACACAGCCACCAAACAAUCAGCUGCUUCAGAAAUAACUGAAGAAAAAACUGUUGCUCAAAGUGUUUCAUUGGCAGAUAAAGAACCAGUUGAAGUAGUCAGUGAAAUCAUUGAUAUGACAGAGACUGUUGCUCAAACUCUUCUGUUGUCACAAGAUAAACCAGGUGUACCUUGUGAAACUGCCCAUCCUACUGAAGAACCAUCUGCUGUUGAUACAGAAAGCAAUGUCCGGGACUUGGACAAGACUCUUUCUGAAACUGAAUCUGAAGAGUAUCAUGAAGUUGGAUCGCAACCCAGGUCGUCUUCCUAUGAGACGGUUUCUGAGAGCUGGACUACGUUUGAUGAGGAUGAUGACGAAGGUGUGCCUAGAGUAGCAGUAGACUGGCUGUCUGCAGAUCGUCUGUCAGAAGAUGAGUUUUCAGAGAGGACUCAGCUUCAGGAAUCUGGUCUUGAGUCUCAUGGGGACUCGGAGGAUGAACCGACAGAACAGAUUGACGACGGAAUGUCAGACCACGAAGAAAUUGAGGAUCUCUGUUAUGAUGAGGAAACUGAAUCUGGAGUCAGUGCUUUCUUCCACGAGGCUGAUUCAGAGCAAGCCACAGCAUCACAGACCGAGUCGGAACAAGGAGAUACGGACCAGGAGAGCACUGUCUAUGAAAAGUACAUGGGUAGUGCUUCUUCUGAUGCAGAAUCUGUUGCUGACACAACAGGUGAAGAAGAUGCUGGUGCUGAUGUUGGUGAAGCUGAUGAUGAAGCCUCAUCGCAAGCUCCAUCUGAGGAAUCAUAUGACGAAGUGGACGAGGAAGAAGAUGAUGAGGGAGAAUCUGCUGCAGAUAUUUCUCAGGAAGAUGAGACUAAAAAAGAAUCAGAUACCGACAUUGAUGAACAGAGUGAGCGAGAAGAAUUUGAUGAAGAAGAGGUUGAGGGGCAGGAAGAAGAAGAAGAAGCUGACGAAGAAGCUGUAAUAGAAGAGAUUCAAGUAACAGUAAUGGAGUCUACAUCCAUUUUGAAAGUACAAGAAAUAACAGAAGCAUUUAGUGAAGACAGAGAAGAGAUGAACUUAGGUGAAGAUAUAGAAGAUUCCAAAGAGCAAGGCAUCAGCACUGUAUCAGCAAAGUCUGAAGUACAGGAUAUACCAUCAGAUGAAGUUAGUGACAUAGAAGGUCCUACAGUAUAUGAAAUGCAAACAAUGCCAUCAGAUGAACCGUGUGGCAUGGAGAGUCUUGGAACAACUGAAGUACCAGAUGUUCUGAUUGACAAGGAAACUUCUGGAAUAACUGAACGACGGAAGAUACCAUCAGCAGAAUUAAGUGACUUGGAAAGUUCUGAUUCAGUCGAAGUACCAGUACAGGAUAUAUUAGCUGAUGAAGCAAAGGACCAGGAAUGUGUUACAACUGAUCAAGACUCAGAAGUAAGAAGUGAUGAUGUGUGUGCUUUGAAAUAUUCUGAAUAUGAACCAAGUAUGGAGAAGGUUGAAACAGUGACAACAGAAGCUAGUACUGUCGAGUUGGACCAUAUUACAGAAACAUUUUCUGAACAUGAAGAACACAAACAAGCUGAUCUGGAAGACGAAGAAGAUCUGUCAAACAUCACUGAUGCUGAAUUCAUGAAACUUGUAGUACAGGAGAGAAUGGAUAUGUUGCCAGUUACAAAGACCACUGAUUCAUACAGCACUGAACAGGAGAUAACUGAAGACAUUUCUUCAUUCACUGAGAACAUUCCUUCAACUGAACAAGCAGACAUCAUAGACAUACUAAAACAACCCGAAGAGCACAUUUCAGAAGAUCAUGAAAAACAGAUUGUCAAGCAGUGGUUUGAUGAGCGUAAAGAUAUUUUUGACAAUUAUGAUACAAUAACAGAUGGUCCAACAGAACAGAUACCAAGUCAGUUUGAAGGUGAAGAACUGAUUCCAUCUCAAAUAGCUGAAAUCAGGACAGAUGUCAAAAGUCACCUUGAGUACAUUGAGAAAACGUGUAUUUCAUAUGAAGAAGUCUCUACCAGUUUUGACAAAGCCAUUCUUCCUCAAGAACAUUUGGCAGAAGAUGAGGGUCAACAAACACAAGUUGACUUGGAUUCACUGGAUGAAGACAAAAUAACGCAUGAAGCUGUGCUUGAUGAGAGCAAAACAGAACAGGUUGGUGAAGAGGAGGUAUCAACACCGACUGAAUUUGAAGACAGAUCCACUUCGGAUGAAAGUAGAUCUACACCAGUUGAAACCAGUGAUACUAUAGAUGAAAACAGAUACAACCUUGAUGGGGACGAACACAUAAUACAAACUGAAGAGUCAGCAGUUCAUGGAGUGUUUGCAGAGUAUGGUACACCACAAACCAAAGAUGAGUCUGAAGGAGAUGUUAUUGACCAUGCAAAUAUUGAAGACAUCAGAGACAUUAUGGAUGGUGCUGGGCUGAUGAGGGAAAGUCUGUCUACAGGAUUCUCAGACAUCAGGGACCUGACAGAGCAGCGCAUUCAGGAUCCUACUGAAUCACCAUGGUCCAUGGAUGCUGACGGUACUGCUUUUGGAAACUUGGAUUUAUCUUUCCUUGAUGAUGGUGGUGACUCUGAGCAGGAUGAAGAUAAAGCACUGGCUACAGAUCUCUCCAUCCAAGAGUCUGAGUCCAUUCCAUGUACAACACUGGCAGUCUCAGAACAACAGACAGGCAUAUCUGUCCAGACACUGGAAUCUUCUCCAGACGAAAUCUUUACAGACCAUGAAGGAGUGGCACCAGACACUGUCUUUUCAACGUGUUUCAAAGAUCAGGAAAACACUCAGUCUGUAGAGAGUGAUAUUCCCAGUGAUUUGACAGCAACUGGUUCACAAGCUUAUAGUGAAGAAUAUUCUCAAGUUCACGCUGAUGAUGACAUUUCACAAGCCUAUGUUCGAGGAGAAGAAUCACAAGCUCCCGUCGAACACGUUUCACACGUUUUCGCUGAGGAACUUCAUCAAAAUCAUAUUCAAGACAUUGUGCAAGCUGUUGAUGAAGAACUCUCACAAGCUCCUAUUGAACGUUCACAUGGUUAUGUUGAAGAUCUUUCACAAGCUCAACCUGAAGAACUUUCACAAGCUCCUGUUGAAGAACAUUUGCAAGAUGAUCUUGAAGACGUUUCUCAAACUCAUGAAGAAGAAGAAACUUCACAAGCGUUCAUUGGUGGUGCUUCAGAAGGUUAUUCAGAAAAACUUUCAGUAGCUCAUGCUGAAGAACCUUCACAAGUUCAUAUUCAAGAUGUUUCAAAACCUCAUGUGGAAGAAGAAGAAAAUUCUCAAGCUCUCAUUGAUUAUGUUUCACAAGCUGUUGUUGAAGAUCUUACACAAGCUCCUUUUGAAGAACGCUCACAAGAUCAUAUUGAAGAAGAUCCUUUACAAACUGUUGUUGAAGAAGAAACUUCAAAAGAUAAUAUUGAUGAUGUUUCACAAGUUCCUGCUGUUGUACCUUCUCAAGCUGUUGUUGAAGACUUUUCGCAAGCUCAUGCUGAAGAAUUUUCACAACUUGAUGUUGAAGAAUCUCCACAGACUGUUUCUGAACACCUUUCACAAGCUCCUGCUGAAGAUAUUUCACAAGCUUAUGAUGAAGAUGAAUCUUCACGAGCUCAUGUUGAAGAACGUUCACAGGUGCAGUCAGAAACAGAAUAUUCAGACAGUGAUGCUGCUUUCGUGAGAGAAUUAGAAACUGGCUCUGAAGAGGACAACAGACUUCCAGACAGUGGUGUUCUCGGUGAUGAUAAAGAGGAAGUGUCACAAACACCACAACAAGAAGAUUUAGAAGAUGACAUUCUUAGAGAAUCAUCUCAACAUGUUUUUACGACAGAUAAAGAAGAUGAGCUGAAGAUUCCUUAUGAACAAGAACAGCCUGAUGAUGAUGAUAAUGUUCAUGGGAAAUAUUUCGAAGCUGGUGAAGAUGAAAGAAAUGAACAGGAAUCUUCUAAGUACAUUGACACAGUAGAAUUAGAAUCUGCUGCAGAUGGAGUCUCACAAAUAAAUGUUGUUAUGACUACAGAAGAUGAAUCCACCAGUCCACCUGAAUCUGAUUUCGAGUCUGAGAGACUAGUACAAGAUACAACCAGAUAUGAUAGUGACACAGCAGAGGUGAAAUAUGAAGAAACUGAUGCAUCUGUCAUCGAAAUCCAUGCUAAGGGAGAAAGACAAGAGACUGAAGAUCUUGAAACAGAAAGACACGAAAUUGAAAUUGAAUUUGGUUAUGAAAUAUCCAGAAAACUCGAAACAGAAAGACGGGACAUUGAAUUUGAACCUGAAGAUGAAAUGUCCAAAGAACUCGAGACAAAAAGACAAGAAAUUGAAAUUGAACUUGGUGGUGAAAUAUCCAGAAAGCUCGAAACUGAAAGACGAGAAAUUGAAAUUGAACCUAGUGAUGGCAUGUCCAAAGAUCUCGAGACAGAAAGACAAGAAACUGAAAUUCAACUUGGUGGUGAAAUAUCCAGAAAACUCGAAACAGAAAGACGGGACAUUGAAUUUGAACCUGAAGAUGAAAUGUCCAAAGAUCUCGAGACAGAAAGACAAGAAAUUGAAAUUCAACUUGGUGAUGAAAUAUCCAGAAAGCUCGAAACUGAAAGACGAGAAAUUGAAAUUGAACCUAGUGAUGGCAUGUCCAAAGAUCUCGAGACAGAAAGACAAGAAACUGAAAUUCAACUUGGUGGUGAAAUAUCCAGAAAACUCGAAACAGAAAGACGGGACAUUGAAUUUGAACCUGAAGAUGAAAUGUCCAAAGAUCUCGAGACAGAAAGACAAGAAAUUGAAAUUCAACUUGGUGAUGAAAUAUCCAGAAAGCUCGAAACUGAAAGACGAGAAAUUGAAAUUGAACCUAGUGAUGGCAUGUCCAAAGAUAUCGAGACAGAAAGACAAGAAACUAAAAUUGAAUUUGGUGGUGAAAUAUCGAGAAAGCUCGAAACUGAACGACGUGAAAUUGAAAUUGAACCUAGGUAUGACGUGUCCAAAGAUCUCGAGACAGAAGGACAAGAAACUGAAAUUCAACUUGGUGAUGAAAUAUCCAGAAAGCUCGAAACUGAAAGACAAGAAAUUGAAAUUGAACCUAGUGAUGAUAUGUCCGAGAAUCUCGAGACAGAAAGACAGGAAAUUGAAAUUGAACUCAGUGACAAACUAUCUAGAAAUCUCCAAACAGACACAAGAGAAACUGAAAUUGCACCUGGUGAUGAAAUCUUUGAAGACCUUAAGACAGAAGGACAGAAAAUUGAAGUUGGACUUGGAGAUGAAAUAUCCAGACAUCUCGAAGCAGACAGACGGGAAACUGAAAUUGAGCCUGGCGAUGAAAUGUCUAAAUAUCUCAAGACAGAAAAACUGGAAACUGAAAUUGAAAUUGGACAUGAAAUAUUCAGAAAUCUAGAAACAGAAAGACUAGAGAGUGAAAUUGAACCCAGUGAUGGUAUGUCCAAAAAUCUCGAGACAGAAAGACGGGACAUUGAUGUUGAACUUGGAUAUGAAAUAUCCAGAAAUCUCCAAACAGACACCAGAGAAACUGAAAUUGAACCUGAUGAUGAAAUGUCCAAAGAUCUCAAAACAGAAACACGGAGAAUUGAAAUUGAAUAUGGAGAUGAAAUAUUCAGAAAGCUAGAAACAGAAAGACUAGAAAUUGAAACUGAACCUGGAGAUGAAAUGUCUAAAGAUCUCGAAACAAAAAGACACCAAAUUGAAAUUGAAUUUGGAGAUGAAAUAUCCAGGACUCUCGAAACAGAGAGACAGGAAACGGAAAUUGAACCUGGAGAUGAAAUAUUCACAAAUCUUGAAACAGAAAGACGAACAAUAGACGUUGAACUUGGAGAUGAAAUAUCCAGAAGUCUUGAAACAGAAAGACUGGAAAUGGAAUUUGCAUCUGGUGAUGAAAUGUUAAAAUAUCUCGAGACAGAAAAAAUCUCAAAACAGAAAGACGAGAAAGUGAAAUUGAAUCUGGAGAUGAAAUGUCCAAAGAUUUGGAGAUAA